UGUUAUGUCAAGAUAAUGAGCUAUAAAUAGAUUUGCAUUCCUGUAACCGGGAAGUUAAAUGAAUUCGACGAAAACGAUUUGUUUCCUUUUUUAAAAGCUUGCAUUUGUAAAAUGUCGAAAGACUAUGCGAUUCAAAAAUUGUUUGAUGCCGUUAAAACGAGUAAUCAAGAUUGCGCAAAUAAAGUGCUUAAAGAGGCGAAAUAUGAGUUUGAACUAGCGUCAAAAAUUGGACAUAUUACUUCAAAUGGGAAAGAAUCUCUUAGACAGAUCAAAAUAAUUAUCGAAGCUGUUUCAAGAAAUAGAAUAAGAGAUGUGAAAAAUAAAUAUUCAAAGGCGGAGGUGGAUUUCAAUAAUCAUGUUGUAGGAUACCUUAAAGAUAAAAUAAAUGAGGUAAAGGAGGUGCAAAAAUUACCGAAAGACGUUUCUGAUGAACAUCAGGGGCAGGAAGAACAGCGAAAAGGCCACCAGCCUUAUGACCAUGCUAAUUAUUCAAACGAUAAACCUAAAGGGGAACCGAUUAGACAGAACACUGAAAAUGAUGAGAAUAAAAAGCAAGAUUAUGAUGAUGAGUUUCGGCAAUCGGAACUACACGAAAGGAAAACGUCAACAAAUGAAGAAACUUUUAACCGAAGAAAUUCAGCUGAUACAACUGAUAACAAACUCGAAAGAAGUAAGCUGGCAAGUUUCAGAAUGAGACAGAAUAACCCAGACAUCGCUGAUCUUAGUGAUCCUAACAGACCUACAAAGAUUGCUGAAAGGUUUUCAGAACUGUAUGAUAACGAAUGGACCGAAGCCUUUGAAGAACUAAGCAAAAGAAGUAGAAAAGAGAGUGAAGCUAUUGAAAUUCUCCUAACUGUUGUCACGGAAGCCUAUAAAUUCUGUACAGUUGAAGCGGAGAUACAAAUAAAGGACAUUACAAAACAUUGGAAUGCAAUAUUUGAGAUUGGACCAGACAAGUAUAAAAACGAGGUAUUUAUUCCACUUUACAAUAAAUUUCAGAUUCCAAGUUCAAAGUCACUCAAUGCUAGUAAGGAUGGUGAAAGUUUAAUCAUUCAAUACAGAAAGAAAAUCGCCAGUAAAGCAUUGCAAAGGCUUAAAAUGGAAUUUACCAAAAGAAAGAUGACGCAUAUCACAGGAAAGGCGAAAUUGCCAGCGGCACCCGAAGCAUUUACAAAGUAUGCACAAAAAGCUGUUGAGUUAACAUGGUGGAUGUGUGUUCAAGACCCGCCAAUUUUCCUUUGUCCGCCGACAGAAGAUGAAGUAUUUGACAAAAAUUUGUACAAGGCAUACACAAAAACUGGAACUAAACCGCAAUUUUUUGUGUGGCCCGCUUUGAGAUUACACGAGAAAGGUGGUGUUCUAAUAAAAGGCGUGGUUCAAUUUGAAUAA